AUGACGAGACUGUCUUUACUACUGCUGCUUGCUGUUGGCCACGUACUGGUAUGCCAGGCGUCACCGGCCUACCAGGUUCAAGAAUUGGAGAAUGAGAAGGACGUAAGGAACGGGGACCUGCCAUUGGCUGCGACGGAUAAGGAAGAAGAGAAGAGUUCCAAUGAUGACGAUGACGAGGAGCCGAAGACGGGCGCAAUGUGA